AUGGUGUGCUAUAUUCUAGGAGGAAAUCCACCGUUGUCAACUCUAGAUGGUUUUGCUCGUUGUGUUUGGAAGGAUAAGAUCAACAAAGUGGGCAUGUUGUCUUAUGGUAUUUUUCUAAUUUGCUUUGAUUCUGUUGAGGACAGGGAUCAAGGAGAAAAUUCAUUAUUCAAAAUCAUUAGCCAAGUGGGAAAGCCUCUGAUGGUUGACUCCAUUACCAAAAUAAGAGACAAGUUAAGCUAUCCCCGGGUUCUCAUUGAAGUUUCUUUGAAGCAAGAUUUUCCAGAUCUUAUAUGGUUUGAGGAUGAGCAUGGUUUUAACACUUCAGUGGCUGUCACGUAUGAGUGGAAGCCAGUAAGUUGUGACCACUGUAAGGGGAUGGGCCAUGAUACUAGUGCUUGUAGACGAAAAGAGGGAAGGAAGCCAGAAUGGGUUGUUAAGGAUACAGAGAAGGCAACUGGUUUGGGAGAGACAAUGCCAGAAUUGAAUAAGGAUAUGACCUCUUCUUUGAAUAUAGAAUCUAUAUAUGAUCCUGAUGGUUUCAAACCAGCAACAAAGGUGUGGAAAGUUAAAGCAAAAGACCCCCCAGUUAACACUUCGGUGGCUAAUUCCUUUCAGGCUCUAAUAGAACCUAAUGGUAGUGAUCUGGUGCAAGCUGAAAAUAAGGAACAACAGAGUCAAAAACUGAUGGAAUGUACUAGUCAGUUGAUUAACCUUGGAGUUGCAACUGUUGACAAUAAGAAUUCCUUUUUUGUUACUUAUGUCUAUGCUUUUAAUGAUGAGGAGGGGAGGAAAAGGCUUUGGAAAGAGCUUCAGGACCUCUCUGUUAUGGGUCCUUGGAUUGUAAUGGGAGACUUCAAUGACAUUUUAGCAAAAGAGGAGCGAAUUGGCAAUAGAGUUAGGUAUAAGUCAUCCACUGAUUUCAUUGAAUGUGUUGCAAACUGUCAACUUGAAGAUGUCAAAUAUAGUGGAAACUUGUAUACUUGGUGUAAUAAACAACAUGGAGAAGACAGGAUCUAUUCUAAGAUAGAUCGUGUGCUUGCAAACCAAAUUUGGUUGAGUCUGUUCCCUGAUGCAGAAGCUGUGUUUUUUGAAGAAGGAUUGUUUGAUCAUACUCCAGCUGUUCUUACUGUUUAUUCAAACGUCCCUUGUGGCAGGAAGCCUUUCAAAUACUUUAAAAUGUGGUCUACACAUCCAAAAUAUUUUGAAAAGGUUAAAUUGCUUUGGCAGCAACAAGUUACAGGGACAAAAAUGUAUCGAGUAAUUACUAAGUUGAAGGCUCUAAAGGCAGUAUUCAAGGAGAUUAAUGCUCAAGGCUACUCUGAUAUAACUAGUGCAUAA